CGCAGGGCGGGCGGCGAUGGAGGCUGCCCGCGCCUUGCGCUUCCUGCUCGUGGUGUGCGGCUGCCUCGCGCUCCCGCCGCGGGCCCAGCCGGUGUGUCCGGAGCGCUGCGACUGUCAGCACCCCCAGCACCUCCUGUGCACCAACAGGGGGCUCCGCGCCGUGCCCAAGACCAGCUCGCUGCCGAGCCCGCAGGACGUGCUCACCUACAGCCUCGGCGGCAACUUCAUAACCAACAUCACGGCCUUCGACUUCCACCGCCUGGGGCAGCUCAGACGGCUGGACCUGCAGUACAACCAGAUCCGCUCUCUGCACCCCAAGACCUUCGAGAAGCUCUCGCGGCUGGAGGAGCUCUACCUGGGCAACAACCUCCUGCAGGCGCUCGCCCCGGGCACGCUGGCGCCGCUGCGCAAGCUGCGCAUCCUCUAUGCCAACGGGAACGAGAUUGGCCGCCUCAGCCGCGGCUCCUUCGAGGGCUUGGAGAGUCUGGUCAAGCUGCGGCUGGACGGGAACGCCCUGGGGGCGCUGCCGGACGCCGUCUUUGCCCCCCUGGGCAACUUGCUCUACCUACAUCUGGAGUCCAACCGGAUCCGCUUUCUGGGCAAGAACGCCUUCGCCCAGCUGGGGAAGCUGCGCUUCCUCAACCUUUCUGCCAACGAGCUGCAGCCCUCCCUACGCCACGCGGCCACCUUCGCACCGCUGCGCUCCCUCUCCACUCUCAUCCUCUCGGCCAACAGCCUGCAGCACCUUGGGCCGCGCGUCUUCCAGCACCUGCCGCGCCUCGGCCUACUCUCGCUCAGGGGCAACCAGCUCACGCACCUCGCGCCCGAGGCUUUUUGGGGAUUGGAGGCCUUGCGCGAGCUAAGCCUGGAGGGCAAUCGGCUGAGCCAGCUGCCCGUGGCGCUGCUGGAGCCUCUGCACAGCCUGGAGGCGCUGGACCUGAGCAGCAAUGAGCUGUCCGCUCUGCACCCCACUAUCUUUGGCCACCUGGGCCGGCUGCGCGAGCUCAGCUUGCGCGACAAUGCGCUCAGCGCCCUCUCCGGGGACAUCUUCGCCGCCAGCCCGGCCCUCUACCGGCUGGAUCUAGACGGUAACGGCUGGACCUGCGACUGCCGGCUGCGGGGCCUGAAGCGCUGGAUGGGUGACUGGCACUCGCAGGGCAGGCUCCUCACCGUUUUCGUGCAGUGCCGCCACCCUCCGGCCCUGCGGGGCAAGUACCUGGAUUACCUGGAUGACCAGCAACUGCAGAACGGGUCUUGCACAGAUCCCUCGCCCUCGGUUUCCCCGACUGCCCACAGCAAGCGGCAUCCCCUAACCACAGCCCCGGGGAAGGAGCUGGCGCCCCCUGCAGGUGCCCUCGAGGAGGAGCCGCCGCCGCCACCGCCGCCGCCGCCGCCGCCGCCACAGCCACAGCAGCGGAGUCGAUUUCCGCCAGGGGUGGCCUGGGACGGGGCCGCCAGAGAGCUUUGGGGGAACCGCAGCGCCCUGAGGCUGAACCGGCGGGGCCCGGGCCUCCAGCAGCCGGGCUCCAACGCCGCUGCUGCCGCGGGCCCGGCGCCACCCCCCCGGGACCUCCUUGAGAAGCCUGAGCGGGGACGUCCGACUCCGUCGGAUCCCGCCCAAGCGGAGCCCACCCCGACGGCCACGCUCGGCUCCGCGACAGCCGGCGAGCCCUGGCAGCGCGCGGCGAAGCAGCGCCUGGCCGCGCAGCAGCAGGAGAGCGCCGCCCAGGCCGACAGCGGGGUCGGCCUGCCGCCGCUGGUAUCCGACCCUUGUGACUUCAACAAGUUCAUCCUGUGCAACCUGACGGUGGAGGCGGUGGGCGCCGACAGCGCCUCAGUGCGCUGGGCCGUGCGGGAGCACCGCAGCCCCCGGCCGCUGGGCGGCGCGCGCUUCCGCCUGCUCUUCGACCGCUUCGGCCAGCAGCCUAAAUUCCACCGCUUCGUCUACCUGCCUGAGCGCAGCGACUCGGCCACGCUGCGCGAGCUGCGGGGCGACACCCCCUACCUGGUGUGCGUGGAGGGCGUGCUCGGCGGCCGGGUCUGCCCGGUGGCGCCCCGGGACCACUGCGCGGGGCUGGUCACCCUGCCGGAGUCUGGGGGCCGGAGCAGCGUCGACUACCAGCUGCUGACGUUGGCCCUGCUGGCCGUCAACGCGCUGCUGGUGCUCCUGGCCUUGGCGGCCUGGGCGUCGCGUUGGCUGCGGAGGAAGCUGCGGGCCAGGCGGAAGGGCGGGGCGCCGGUGCAUGUUCGCCACAUGUACUCCACCCGACGGCCCCUGCGCUCCAUGGGCACCGGCGUGUCCGCCGACUUCUCUGGCUUCCAGUCGCACCGGCCGCGCACCACCGUGUGCGCGCUCAGCGAGGCGGAUCUCAUCGAGUUUCCGUGCGACCGCUUCAUGGACAGCGCGGGCGGCGGCGCCGGCGGCAGCCUGAGGCGGGAGGACCAUCUCCUGCAGCGAUUUGCCGACUAGGUAGAUCCAGGGCCUCCAGGGGUGUGGAGACCGUCUCAUUGGCCUUGAGCCACCUGUCCACCUCAGGGGAAGAUCUCAUUUUAUUGGACCUUCUCUCUUCCCCCUUUUGUGCGCUCUCCAGAGAGGCCAGAGGGGACAGAUACCUGAUUCUGCACCACCCCCCAAUCCCAGUGCUCACUCAUGAAGUAUAUGGAUGGUGUUGGUGGUCAAGACCAAGAGUAGGGGACAAAUGGAUGGUGGGGUCCAGAGGUGAGAGGCCUUCUUUACGUGGAGACAUUGGUGCAGCUAUGAGAAUGGAUUUUUUUGGCAUUGUAAUGCAGUAGCUUGGUCCCCUUUGGGGUAGAAAAAGGUGCUUGUUGCCCCCUGUGUGGCCAGAAAGAGCUUUGGAUGCAUGCUUUUUUGUUUGUUCAGUGUCAAACAGAGAAGUUUUGUUUCUAUUUAAGGAAAAAAGAACUUAUUACCAUUACGAAGGAGGCUUGGCAACUGAUUCCACUGGUCUGGUGGUCUCUGCCAAGAACGGUGAUGUUGUAAACAGGUGGUAAAGUUUAACACACUCGUGGAGGAACUCUUUUACGUUGGUUGAUAGAACAUUCAGGAUAACUUAAUGUUUAAAUAAUUAGAGAUGCUGUUUUUUUGUUGUUUUUUUUUUCAACAAUGUGAAGAACUCUGGCAUUUAACAAACUGACCAAUAAACUCAAGGACUGUUUUAGUUGAGGCGGGCAAUUCAGCUAUUUUCCUUUCAACAUUAACACCACAAAAACAUUUGCUGACCUUGGGGUUAACUAAGAUUACAUAGUUUCUCAGGAGAAGGCUGCAUGCAAGACUUCUCUGUCAGGGUUGCUCCUGUGGCUUUUUAAUUUUAUUUUUUUAAACCUAUAUAUGGAAAAGGAAAUGCCAGACUUGAUAAAAGAAUGUAAGGUGUACGGAACUGAUGACCCCGUAGGGCAUGCCAGUGUUCUAAUUCACUUACCACAUCUCUGACAACCUGUCCAGAUUGGAAUCAAGGUGAUGUGGUACUUCUCAUGUUUUUAUCAGUGACACACAGUUGACUGUGCUCUCCUCUUGAGUUGUGCAGGUAAAUGAUCAAGGUAAUUUCCUAAUAGGAAGUGAGCAAAAUGUGACUUGCAAUUGAUAGUGUAAUGUUUGAUCGUGUUAGUGUCUUACUUUAUAUGAAAGAGCAGAGGGGGAAAUGUGAAAAAAUGUACAUCCAUGGUUGUGUGUUUCUACUAAAACCAGAAGAUUGUUAUGAGUACUUAAACCUCACUGUGAAAUAAUUACAUAUUUUUCAAAUUAAUCCCUCCACUACCCAGUGUUUUUUCCAUGUUAUUAAAUCUUAUCUUCAUAGUUAAUAAUUGCAGUAUUUCUUUUAAGUGUUUUUGUUUUAAACUUAGGGUUAGGUUCCUUUAUUUGUUCAGUUGUUUCCCAACUAUUUGGGAUACUUUCAUUCCCUGAUAUUUAUGAAGUAGAUGUUUAUCACUAAAUGUAGUGCUUUGGUUUACAUUAAUAAUUUUGUGUGUGGUCUGAAAACGCAGUCACUUAGAAUAUGUACAGGAUGGUUUUAUUCACCAUGGUUAUGGAUUCAUUUGCAGCGGGGUGCCGGGGAGGCCACUGCAGAGGUGCUAAGGCUAACAGUGAAUCUUCUGUUUAGGGCCUUAAGCCCCCAGAGGGUCCUGAAGACUCAGGGAAUCUAUCAUAGUCCAGGGAUCCUUCAACCCCAUUCCACUCCUUUUAUGUUUGGCCUCCAUUGAGCCAGGCUUGCAAUUGUCCCAACAGCUGAGUAGGGACGCAGGGAUUUAAAUGAGCUGAUCUUUGUUUAUGUCCAGAUGAGUAAAUGUCCAGACCACUUAAAGUACAGCUGCUUUUCUGGCAGUCUUAUCUGUGGGGCCCAAACUUAAUAAACCACAGGAAAUAGACUGUCAUUCUUAGUUUGCUGCCAGGGCUUGCUUCAGAUGCUAAGUGUACUGGUACUUUGGAGAAGUGUAGUUGUUUGCUCUUAUUUGCAACCUUUUGGUUGUCUUGCACCUUUUGUGCUCCUAGCUUUUUCAUUCAGAGAGCAAUUGCAUUUCUUAGCUCUUGCUUUUACAAAGCAGUGUAAUAAAGUGAGUCCCAUUGAAAGUCUGAAAAAGACCUCUGGUUCUUCCCACCACCUACCCUUUCAACUGCAAAAAUCACUGAAAAUGCUUGAUCCCUGAAUCCAUGUAAAAACACUUUCACUGGAAAGUCUUUCAGUGGGAAAUGAAUAAAUGUUAUACAUUGUUAUGUUCAGUUAUGUCAAUAAACCCGCUUACUAAUGGA